AUGACCCAGAUCAAAGAAUUCGUUGCCGGAAUGUCAAACUCCGGCAAGCACAUUUCCAUCUCCAAGAAAAAGAAAAAACUCUUCUUAACUCUUUUUGCCUCUGUCCUAGUCGUUGUCAUGAUAAUCGCCGUUGUUGCCGGAGUAAAUUCACGAAGCCACCACUCCGACCACCAUAACAUUGUAAUCUCCCAAGCUCAUGCCAUUCUGAAGUCCUCCUGUAGCAGCACGCUAUACCCAGAAUUGUGCUUCUCUUCUCUUGCUUCAGUCCCCGGAAUGAGCAAGAAAGUUUCAAGCCCGAUGGACGUAAUCAAGCUGGCCUUAAACAUCACCAUCACCGCCGUCGAACACAAUUUCUUAACAGUAAAGAAGCUCACUAAGACAAAAAAUCUCACAAAGAGAGAGAAGACUGCUCUUCAUGACUGUCUCGAAACCAUUGACGAGACGCUUGAUGAGCUCCACAAGGUUGAAGACGACCUUCAUAUGUACCCUAAAAAGAAGUCUCUCACCCAACACGCCGAUGACCUCAAAACCCUCCUGAGCGCUGCAAUGACCAACCAAGAGACUUGCCUCGACGGCUUUUCGCACGAUAAAGCUGAUAAACGUGUGCGUGAAGUGUUGCUGAAGGGUGAAUCGAAAGUAGAAAAGUUGUGCAGUAAUGUAUUGGCCUUGAUAAAGAACUUGACGGACACCGAUAUUGCGAAUGAGAUGAAGUUGAAGGGGAGGAAGCUCACGGUGGAGGAGGAUACAGAUGGGUGGCCUAAGUGGUUAUCCGCCGGAGAUAGGAGGUUAUUGCAGUCUUCGUCGGUGACGCCGAACGUGGUUGUUGCGGCGGACGGCAGCGGCAACUAUAAGACUGUAUCGGCGGCAGUGGCCGCUGCGCCUGAGGGAAGUAGCCGGAGAUACGUGAUCAGAAUUAAGGCGGGUGUUUACAGGGAAAAUGUGGACGUGCCCAAGAAGAAGACCAACAUAAUGUUUUUGGGUGAUGGUAGAACUACCACCAUUAUUACGGCAAGUCGGAAUGUGGUUGAUGGCAGCACAACCUUCAACUCUGCUACCGUCGCUGUGGUGGGUGAAGGCUUCCUGGCGCGAGACAUAACCUUUCAAAACACAGCAGGCCCAUCAAAGCACCAAGCGGUGGCGCUUCGUGUUGGGGCAGACUUAUCAGCGUUCUAUCGCUGUGAUUUUCUAGCUUACCAAGACACUCUCUAUGUCCACUCCAAUCGCCAAUUCUUUGUGGGUUGCCUCGUAGCCGGUACUGUCGAUUUCAUCUUCGGCAAUUCCGGGGCUGUUUUACAAGACUGUGAUAUUCAUGCACGUCGUCCCAAUUCCGGCCAAAAGAACAUGGUGACAGCCCAAGGCCGAACUGACCCUAACCAGAACACUGGAAUCGUUAUUCAGAAAUGCAGGAUUGGAGCUACUUCUGAUUUAAAACCUGUCAUAAGCAGUUUUCCGACGUAUCUUGGCAGACCAUGGAAGGAAUAUUCUAGGACUGUUGUUAUGCAAUCGACAAUUUCUGAUGUGAUCAAUCCUGCUGGGUGGUACGAGUGGGAUGGAAAUUUUGCACUUGACACAUUGUUCUAUGCAGAGUACCAGAACACUGGAGCUGGUGCCAGCACCUCAAAGAGGGUAACCUGGAAAGGUUACAGGGUGCUUACUAGUGCAAGUCAGGCUCUACCAUUCAGUCCUGGAAACUUCAUUGCUGGUGGUAGUUGGUUGAGCUCCACUACCUUUCCAUUUUCUCUUGGUCUGUGA